AUGGUUGGCAGGCUUGCUGGUAAAAAUGCGAUCAUAACAGGUGCAGCUGGGGGAAUUGGUCUUGAGACGGCAAUCCUUUUUCUUCGGGAAGGUGCCUCCGUUCUAUUAACCGACAUCAGCGAAGCGGGUCUUCAAAAAGCGCUUGAAAAAGCAAUUGAACUUGGGCAAAAGGCUUCGAAUUCCCGGCUCGAAACAAAAGUUGUUGAUGUGUCCAAGGAAUCGGAUGUAGAAGGUGCCGUGAGUCAUCUUGACAGCUGGGGAGGCGUCGAUAUCAUGUUCAAUAAUGCUGGUAUCAUGCACCCGAAUGAUGGCACUGAACUCGAAACUUCGGAGAAAAUCUGGGACUUGACCAUGAAUAUUAAUGUCAAGGGUGUCUGGUACGGCUCAAAGCAUGCAGUCAAUUCCUUGAGAAAACAUGGCAAGAGAUCAGGAAGCAUAAUCAACACCGCAAGUAUGGUGUCUCUUGUCGGUGCUGCAACACCACAAGUUGCCUAUACAGCUAGUAAAGGAGCAGUUUUAGCUCUUACACGUGAACUAGCUAUUCUGCAUGCCAGAGAAGGCUACAGAUUCAACUCUUUAUGUCCUGGGCCUUUGAACACCCCUCUCCUACAAGAUUGGCUGGGUGACGAUAAAGAGAAGCGCUUCCGCAGAGAAGUCCAUUUCCCAAUGGGUCGGUUCGGCGAAUCGAUCGAGCAGGCCCACGCCGUAGUGUUCUUAGCGAGUGAUGAGAGUAGCUUCGUUAAUGCCACCGACUUCGUAGUCGAUGGCGGAAUGACUAAAGCAUAUGUUACCCCAUUAGGGCCAGCCACAGACUCUCCAAGAAACCUUGCUAGUUAG